AUGUCGACUCCAAGACCCCGCGGUCGUCCAAAGCGGACGUCAACAAACAAUGAUGAUUCAACAACUCAGACAAUACCAACAGCUCUAGACAUACAACCUAUGACCCCUCGAUACACAACUUUAACUCCCUCCGCCCUCCGCUCGGCAAAUCGGCGGACUCCUCGCGCGCCAUUGACACCAUUCGGGCUUCGUGCAAUGCAGCGCCGUACUGCGAAUACGCCCGGUCGAGAUCGGAGAAGGAGUACACGCGGUCCGCAACGCGAAACAGCUUUUGAUAUCUUGCGCAAUCUUGGUCGAACACUCGCGCCAAUCUCGAAACCAAUUCAAUCUUCUCCCCAAGAAGAGCGAAGCCCGACUCCGGAGAGUUCGUCGGAGAUAGAAGAUGAAACAGUAUACCUUGACCGAGAACCGCUGCCAGAACGUCCGCGUCUUUCACUCCCCCUUCGCGCUGACAGCGGAACGAGUAGCGAUGGCAGUCCUGAUAUGCCUCCGCCACGACUUUCUCUGCAAUUCGAUGAAGACGAUAUCACACAACGCUCUGUAGAAUAUCCGCGACGAGCUAUAAGUGACAAAGAUCGACAACGGCUAGAAAGAAUGAGUUUUGGCGAUGUCAGGAUGAGUGAGAAUUUCGGCGAUCUCACGCGACUUGAUGCAUUUUCAGAGGCGGGAGAUAUUACUGGUCUUGUUCAAGGGGCCGAUGAUGAGGAUAUGGAGCAGACGCAGCUGGAUGAAGCUGCUUUUGACGCAGGUGGCGAAACUGCGGACCUGGGCCGGUUUAAUCUGGAGUUCAAUUUUCCGAGUCCUGUUGCUCCAGCAGCAGAUCUCGAUGACGCCUUACCAAAUGAUGAAGAUGAUUUCAUGCUUCAAACCGAUCAAGGCGAAAUUCCAUAUCCAUCCUCAGAUGAUGACGCAGCAGAUGGUUUCACUGGCUUUGAGGUCAAUAUCCCAGAUCAAAUAUCCGAAGCCGGCACCACAGGGACCGCCGAAGCUGGGGCUGGUGUUGUCGGCGGCGGCCUUCGCGACGAACCAUCUAAGCGAACGCGAAAACAGAAGAAGCUCUCAAGACACGGCAUCCCAGUCCCAUUGCUACCUACAGGCGUCGUAAAAAGAUUAGCAACCCGUUUCGCGCGAACAGGAGCUGGCAGUAAAGCCAAAAUCAACAAGGAGACGCUAGCUGCAAUUGAGCAGGCUUCAGAAUGGUUCUUUGAGCAGGCUAGUGAGGAUCUCGCGGCGUAUUCUAGGCAUGCGGGGAGGAAGACUAUUGACGAAAGUGAUGUUGUGGCUUUGAUGCGUCGACAGCGUCACGUUAAUAGUACGAAUACGGUGUUCUCAUUAGCGCAGAAACAUUUGCCGAAGGAGCUUUUGCAGGAUAUUCGACUGGGUCUGCCGCCUUGA